GGACCGCAAAGGGGACGAGCAUUAGCCGCUUAGCGAGCGAGCGAGCGAGCGAAGCUGCUCGAACGCGCCGCUCGUCGUCGCACGUUUGGCCCAAUCCGGAAGGUUCGCUCGCCUCCGAACUCCCGCGACUCAAGUUAAGCGAAGCGGCUCCGAAAAUGGCGACAAAGUGCCUGAAAGGGCCUCGGCUACCGACCGGUUAGCCGUUAGCAUCCGCCAUUAGUCGUGGACUUGUUUCUAUUUUUAUUAUUUUUGGUCAUGUCGUCCCCGAGUGGAGACGACGACGACGUCGCCGGUCGCGGUGGACCCGGGCCGCUGGCUUCCAAGGCGCUGUCCGAGGCGUUCGCCCGUCUGCGCUACCUGGACACGUCGCUGCUGGUGUGGCGGCGGCAGCAGCAGCAGCAGCAGCAGCGCCAGCGGCCGUCGUCGUACCUGAGCCGCAGCCAGUCGGCCUGGUACAGCAGCUACGGGAACGGCGCCGUCGUGGUCCCCGACAAGAGCUGCCUGGAGGAGCACCGGGGACGCUCCCGGGUCUGCGCGCUCAUGUAGCGGCCAAUUUUCCACGCAGUCGACCGACUUCCGCAAACUGGCCCGCCCUCAGACGACUCCAGGAACCAAAGGGAACGGCGGACCUGCCUCACAGUUGGGGUCGCCGGUUCAAAUCCGGCUCGGCCCGUGCGCCUGCGCGGAUUUCCCCUCACGACCCGGGUUAGGACAAGCACUGAGGAAAAUGGAUGGCUGGCUACGUGAAUUCAUGUUAAUAUUUUUGUAAAGUUGACGAAGGGUCGCCCACUAAACGGUCUUUUGCUUCCAAAAGUCGCAACAAAUCUCUAAAAGGGGCUUCUCCAAAACCGGGUCGCUCGCACAGCACUUGAUCCCGACCUGAGGGCGCAGCGCUCGUUCCCAGAACGUGAAUUGUAGCUUAUGAAACAUUUGAAUAUGAGGUGGCCUUUGAUCCUCCGAUUCGGCCAGGGCAGCGCACCUGGGCGAACGGAUCACGUUCACGGAGGACGCAUUUUGUCCCAAAUCCCGUCAAACAGGUGACGAAGGGGCUCCCCUUUCUCGGACUUGUCACGUAUGUCGAGGGCGGCUCUCGGGUCUCGGCCCGGCUCCUCGCGAGGCUCAAACGUGUCCUCGGAGCGUCGGCAGGCGAAGGACGACGGCCGAACGUCACUUAAUGUGUUUAUUUAUGAAAAAGAAAGGAAGUCAGAAAAUAAGGAUCCCAUAUCAGUAAUUACACCACAUGACUUUUUUUUUUUUUUUCUUCUUCUUCUGGCUUCUCCUCGUGUGUUGGCGCGUAGCACACGCGUGUAGCACGGCGACUACACAGGAAGCUACUUGACAAGAAGCUACUAUACAGGAAGCUACUAUACAGUGCUCGACGUACGGCCCGACGGAGUGCAUGCAAACACAUCAAAUCACUCUUUUCCUUUUUCUUAGUAAAAUACAAAAUCAACUAGUAGAGCAACUAAAAACAAACUCGCCCCCGCCCGGCGUCCAGUCGACUUGUCGGCGCAGAAUUCUUUUUGUCCCCGAACUUUCGACGUCGGCGAAUCCCUUGGCGAGGGUCGGGGCUCUCCUGACCAAACCGUGGAUUAAGAAUGUAAAAAUUUAAAAGGCUUAAAAACUACCCCCCACACCAGAGCAAUUGGAAGGGGGGGGGGGGUCCCCGACAGGAAGCGGCGCAGAGUCCGACAAGGAAGUGAGCUUUGUAGUGUUGUUGAAGGAAGGGGCGGGGCUCGGCCGGCCGGCCGGCGACGUCGUCACUAAGGGUUUUUAUUGGCCGAAAGCGUCGGCGAGUCCGUUUCUCCGCGAAACAGUCCGACGUCCGGCGAUCCCCCAACGCGUCUUCCGUCAGGCGGGCCGAGUCGACCAAACGUGCGAAAUAUUUCAGAUUAUUUUUUUUUUUUGGAUCUUCCGAUGGGCCGCCACGACGCAAAAGUCAAAACACGUCUUCCGUCCCCGGUUUUGAUUUCCUCCACAAAAAAAAAAAAAAAAAGACUAAAUGCUUUUAAAAAAAACAAACAAAAAAAAAAACAGCUGGGCUUAUUUA